CAGGCAGGAGAGGUUUUAUGACACCCAGUACAGAUCGAAGUCCACUUGUGGGCCUCGAACAACCAUCAGUCCACCGGGGCUGUCGGGCCUUCCUGCCGGCCUCUCUGUGGCUCACCUGCAGCAUGUCUCCGGUCUCAUGAUCUCUGCAACAAUGAAGAUCAGGCUAGACUGACUCCGAAGCUCACGUCCCAUCGGCCAGAAUGGACCUACCUGGUUAUCACCCAGAGCAGCCCCAGCCUCUUGUCCAACAUCCUGGCAACUGCACAGAGGGUCUGUUAACUCUGGAGGGAUCAUCAACGUCUCAGGAGUUAAAGACAGAGCCAGAGUGCAGGCCAGAGUCAGAGGAGAGCUGUCCUGUCUGUGGUGACAAAGUGUCGGGAUACCACUAUGGGCUUCUCACUUGUGAAAGCUGCAAGGGCUUCUUUAAACGUUCAGUGCAGAAUAACAAGAAUUACACCUGUGCAGAACAACAAAGGUGCCCUAUGAACCUGUCGCAGAGGAAACGUUGUCCUUUCUGUCGCUUCCAAAAGUGUUUGGCAGUAGGCAUGAGGAAAGAAGCGGUUAGAGCCGAUCGUAUGAGAGGUGGCAGGAAUAAAUUCGGCCCUCUGUAUCGGCGGGACAGGCAGAUGAAGCAGCAAAAAGUGCGUCACCAGGCAAACACUGCUCCCUACAGGAUUAAGAUGGAAACUACCCAAAUACACCGGCCCACAGCUGCAAAUGACCCUCAGUUAAUGAGCAGUCACACAAGUGCUCCAUUGUCCUCUGAUACUUUUCAUCAUUCCCACAUGUAUCCCUCUGGCCUUGGACAGUCGGGUGCACCGAUGCCUCUGGACUGCACUAUGAAUGUAGACAGGGUGCUCAAUCCUCCAUCCAUGCCCUUACCUGGACUGUACCACCGCACGUUCCCCGGAUACCUCCAGGAGAAAGGAGAAAUGUCUGUUAGCUACAGCCCAGCUCCCGCAAACUAUCCGGUGCACCCAGCUCCAAACAGUACAUUUACACUAAGAAACACACCAUCAUCAUCACCCUGCUCUACACCGAUCUCAACCACCCCUCUCUCACAGGCUCCCACCCAAACCCCAGAGACCCCCUCAUCUGCCAGUCUUACACCCAACUUCCUAAGCCAGCUCCUGGAGGGAGAGCAGGAUGAAAGCCAGCUCUGUGCCAAGGUUGUCGCCACUCUGCAGAGAGAACAGGCCAACCGUGGCAAACAUGACCGCUUAAAUACCUUCAGCAUCAUGUGCAAGAUGGCUGACCAGACUCUGUUUGGGCUUGUGCAAUGGGCCAGGAACAGUGCACUCUUCAAGGAGCUCAAGGUGGAGGACCAGAUGGUGCUGCUGCAGAGCUGCUGGAGCGAGCUGCUCGUCCUGGAUCACCUCUGUAGACAGGUGACCUAUGGCAAAGAGGGCUGCAUAUAUCUGGUCACAGGACAACAGAUUGAGGUGUCGACCAUCCUCUCUCAGGCAGGAGUGACACUGAGUGGCCUGGUAUCCAGGACCCAGGACCUGGUUUCCAAAUUGAAGGUCCUCCAGCUUGACAAACAUGAGUUUGUCUGUCUCAAAUACUUGGUGCUUUUCAACCCUGAUGUGAAGUCAGUGCAGAGCCGUGGACAGGUGGAGCAGACUCAAGAGCGGGUGAACAGGGCCCUGAUGGAGCACACACAACGUAGUCAUCCAGGACACCCAGACAAGUUCGGCCAGCUGCUUCUCCGGCUGCCUGAAGUACGCAGCAUUAGCCUGCAGGUUGAGGAGUAUUUGUACCAGCGGCAUCUUCUGGGAGAUUUGCCCUGCAACUCUCUACUCACCGAGAUGCUGCACACCAAGCACAGCUGAGAAGAUGCUGCUGUAUCGUCAAGCCCUGGUGACACUAGAGUGGCACUGUCUGAGUUUGCUGCUAUGAAUAUUUGUACCUCCAUUUUGGCCUUUCAGAUCCCACUGUAGUUUUUACUUUUGGUGAUUGUUGCAAAUAGUAAAAAUGGACACUACAAGACAAGAGUCCUUAAAGCUUCAAGCACUGAGGUGAGGGGAAAAAUGUGGGAAAUUUUUACUAAACAUAUUUCACCCAAGUGCCCAUUAUUACCAGUAUUACCACAGCCAAAACACCCAGUAAAUGCUUUUUUAUUCUGUCAGUAUUGUUGGACAGAUUUGGGACCCAAGCACUACCAUGAUAUUUUUUUAAGCAGAAGCUUAACUGUGUAAAGAAGAAAGAAAAAUGCAUCAAUAAAUAAAGAAAUGUUUUUUUGAAUAUGCCUCAA